GAAAUAUCACGGACCUGUACCCUUAUGUUGCAUGCGGAUGUCGCUACAUGGACCAUAGCCAUGGCGGUGGUUCCUGGCGAUAUUUCGCCCAGGUCUCUCUGCAGGCCCAUGCGACUAUCCUGUCCUCGAUCUCCCGAACGGUCCUGACCCAGACCUUCACCAAUCCCUCGGUCACGCCCGUUAAAGAAGUCUCGUACACCUUUCCUUUGUACGAUGGCGUGAGCGUCGUGGGAUUCACCUGCCGGGUUGGCGACCGGGUUCUUCACAGUCAAGUAAAAACAAAGGAACAAGCCAAUGAAGACUAUACCCAGGCCAUAGAACAGGGUCGAGCGUCAAGUAUUCUUGACCACUCGGACAGCACCAGAGACGUCCUUGCCAUCCGGCUGGGGAAUGUCAACGCAGGUGAGCAGGUGGUUGUCGAGAUAACUUUUGUUGGCGAUCUCAAGCAGGAUGCUCAGGCAGACGGUGUUCGCUAUACUCUUCCAAAUGUGAUCGCCCCGCGGUAUGGUGAAAGAUCCGCUCCUUCAUCGCUCUUCACACGACAAGCUCAGAACCAAGGCAUCUCCAUCACGGUGGAUGUCCUCAUGGAAAAGCCUUCGGUGAUCCGGGAAAUUCAGUCGCCCAGCCAUCCGAUCAGAGUGUCGCUUGGUCGUACGUCCACUGAGAGAACUUCAGUCUUUGAGGCCAAUCAGGCAUCUUGCAGUCUACAUCUAGCUGGGAAUGCCCCGUUGGAACGAGACUUUGUUGUCGUCGUCAAUGCUGACAGCCAAGAUCUCCCCCAUGCCCUGUUGGAAGAACAUCCCACCAUUUCUGGCCAGAAAGCUUUGAUGAUGACCAUGGUCCCCAAGUUCAGCCUUCCCCCUAUUCACCCUGAAAUCGUGUUUGUCAUUGACCGGAGCGGGAGCAUGAGUGGCAAAAUCCCGUCGCUCAAGUCCGCGCUGAUGGUCUUCCUCAAGUCGCUUCCUGUUGGCGUUUGCUUCAACAUUUGCUCCUUCGGCACGCAUUACAGCUUCCUGUGGCAUAGUAGUGUCCCAUACGAUAGCGCGAGCUUGCAAUAUGCCAUGCAGUUUGUCGAGAGUAUCAGUUCGAACAUGGGCGGCACUGAAAUGCAAGGCGCCGUCGAAGCGACAGUUGCAAACCGCUUGGAAGGCAAACUGCUUGAAGUUAUGAUCCUCACUGAUGGUCAGAUCUCGGACCAGGACUCCCUGUUCUCGUUUGUCCGGCAGACGUCUGCAGACAACCGCGCCCGCUUCUUCUCGCUGGGAAUCGGCAAUGCAGCAUCUCAUUCUCUCAUCGAAGGUGUUGCUAGAGCAGGCAAUGGGUUCAGUCAGUCGGUGUUCGAAUACGAAGAGUUGUCCAAGAAGGUCGUUCGCAUGUUGAAGGGUGCCCUUUCACCUCAUAUUCACAACUACAACCUCGAGGUUGAAUUUGACGAGACCGACAUCCUCGACAGCACCGCAACGACCGAAACCACAGACGGGUUCGAGAUUGUCGAAGAUGCCUCGGAAUCUGACUCUGCAACCAAGCGAGGAACCGUGGCGACCCCCAGCGAAUCUCCUGAACAUGAACCGCAAAAGCCCAUCUCCUUGUUCGACACCGACUACAAGGAACCCGACAUCAAAUCCGCCAAGAUCGAUCUUCCAAAACUGACGGCACCUGAUCUUCUUCAAGCACCAUGGAAGAUUCCGGCCCUAUACCCUCUUAUCCGUUCGACGAUCUGCAUUCUCCUGGACCCCCGACUUUCCAAUCGCAGCCCGAAAGCCCUUACUCUUCGAGCCACCUCCGAGCACGGCCCACUCGAACUCAAGAUCCCCAUCCAAAACAUCGGAAAAGGCGAAACCAUUCACCAGAUCGCAUCUCGGAAGGCAGUAGUUGAGCUGGAAGAAGGCCAUGGUUGGAUUGAGGACGCCAAAGACAGCAAUGGGCACCUUACCAAGGACCUCUCCCCCGAAACACAACGCCAACUCGCCAUUCAAGAGUGCCAGAACCUGGGCAUCAAAUACCAGGUCACCGGACAGCAUUGCUCCUUUGUCGCGCUGGACGAGAACGGCGAUGAACAGCCAGAGCAGCCAGAGCAGCUCGAUUCCAGAUUCAAGGAAGAGGAAUAUGCUGCUGCGUCGGCGGGCUCAAGUGGAAAAUCCAAGAAAGCACGCGGGCGUCGCGGAGGUAUCGCACGUAGACAGCAGGCGGCUCCUAAUCCUUUUGCUGGGCCUGCACCACCUCCAGCCCGCUCUGUAUCAGGCGGUUCUCUUUUUGGCACGACUUCAGCGUUCGGAAGACCCACCGCUGCCACUGCUGCUGCUGCUGCUGCUGCUCCAUCAUACGGUAGUAGUCUCUUCAACAAUGCUCCGGCGUCAUCUUCAUCUUCGUUGUUUGGGGUCGCUGCUCCUUCGUCAAGCAGUAGCCUGUUUGGAAAUGCUUCAGCUCCAGCUUCAUCUUCGCUGUUUGGAGGUGCAUCAACCGCUGCUCCUACAACGGCUAGUCGCUUUGCCAACCACACUGUGAAUUCAUCGUCUUUUUUCUCGCAGCCAUCUAGUCUAUUCGGAACCAAUGCCACAGCUGCGCCGUCAGUAGGUGGCGCAUCCUCCUUGUUCCCACGGCCAUCUGGUGGUCUAUUCAACAACAACAACAACAACAACAACAACAACAACAACAACAACAACGUUUCAACCGCGCCGCCAGUCCCUGCAUCAAGCGGCACUGGUCUCUUUGGCGCUCCACCAGCGUCUUCUUCGUCUUCACUGUUUCAACAUGCACCAGCCGCUUCUCCUACAACAAGCGGUGGUCUUUUUGCAAGUACGCCCGCAUCUUCACCGCUGUUCUCGCCGCCAGCCCCCGCUGCAUCAAAUGAAACUGGGCUGUUUGGUGUCCCUACCCCGUCUCCCUCGUCACUGUUCGGAGCGCCAUCGCCCGCUACUACAUCUGGUGGUAGUCUCUUCGGUGCCACCCAACCCGCCUAUCCCCCGCCAGCAGCCCAAACCUCCACCCUCGACGGAAUUAUCAAACUACAAACCUUCGACGGCUCCUGGGACUGGACCAAAGAACUCACCAACUUCCUCGGCAUCGACGAAAACAAUUUCCGCGAAAAGCUCAGUGCGCGUGUCAAACAAGAUAACCAUGAUUUCGACUUUCUGUGGGGUCUGUCGCUCCCCAGUGUUGUUGCUACGAUGCUCGUGAUGAAGUAUUUGGAGCAGAAGGCUACUCAUGAUAAGGCUGUUUGGGAACUUGUGUAUGAAAAAGCGGAGGGAUGGAUCCAGAAACAGUCGUUGUGGAGGAUUCCAAAGGUUUUUGAGGCGUGCACGGAAAUUGUUGAGGCUUUUGUUUGAUCUGAGUUACUGAGUAAUGGUAUAGUGUUACUUGGCUCCGUGGUUGUGGUGGCUUAGUUUAGUUUAGUUUAGUGUGAUAAAAGGAAUUGAAUGGGAUUGAUUAGCU